AUGUCGAACAAUCAGCGACCGGGUAUCUCCGCGCCCUACGAUCCGGUGCAUCUCACGCAUGUAGGGUUCAACUCCUCCACAGGAGAAUUCAUUGGCCUGCCAAAGGAAUGGCAGAUGCUCUUGCAAGAAUCUGGCAUCAGCAAGCACGAGCAGGAAGCCAACCCCCAAGCGGUGAUGGACAUUGUCCAGUUCUACCAAGAG